AUGGUUGUUGCAGAGGCGGCAGAGGAGGGGAAGUGGCUCUUGCGACAGCACUCGGACCCCGAACACGGCCAGCAUAACCACGGGCGCAGCAUCGGGCCAUCUGCCCAUCCCUCCCAUAGGAGGCUCACUGAGCCUAACAGGGCUACAGUCGAAUCGACAAGCCGCCGGGUUGGAAUCCGGGCUCGCGAUGUACGGGCUGUUGUCCAGGAACAACACCCCGAGUCAAUCUUCACACAGAGGGACAUCUACGACGCCAGGUCCCUCAUCAACCGCGACAAGUUGGAAGGACAUACACCUACAGCAGCACUCAUCAAGCUCUUCGACGACAUGGGGAUUCCUUAUCUAGUUAAGUGGGGGGAUGAUGAGCCGAACCGUCUUGUUGGCCUUGUCUGGUCCUUCCCCUACUGCCUCCAGAUGUGGAAGCGGUUCCCUGAGGUGAUCAGCUUUGACAACACAUACAACACCAACCGCUUCAAGCUUCCGUUAUUCCAGGCAACAGGACAGACAUGCCUUGGCUCUGUCUACAACGCUGCCUUCGGAUUGAUCGAUAACGAGAGGAGAGAAGGAUUCCAGGUCCUGUCCGAGAGCAUUCGACAGCUCGCAGAGCAGCAUUCGAUUCGACAACCGGAUGUCAUCAUCGCCGAUUUCGACAACCAGAUGAAGGCCGCUCUUGACGACCAGUUCCCUGAGGUACAGCAGCAGCUCUGUAUCCACCACAUCAAUUCCAACGUCCUUCUCAAGGCAAAGCAGAAGUGGCUGAAGGGCCGUAGCAGCAGUAGUCCCGACGGCAGCGACGAUGCAGAUGCCUCUGUUCCACAGAGACACGAUGAGCUGAGCCCCAAAGACCGACAGUUCGUCCACGAUCCCUCAAUUGAGAAUACCCCUCAUACUUACCGAGGAGUCCUGAUGAUGUGGAAGCUCGUCUUGUUUGCCGAGACUGAGGAGGCUCACGAGAAGGCAUGGGCAAACCUCUGUAAGGAGUUUGAUGACCAGCGGGCUAUCCUGCAAUAUCUCCAUGGAACCUACAUGCCUGUCAGGGCUCAGUGGGCACGCUGUUUCAUCCGCAAGUAUCGCAACUUCGGCAUCCGCGUCACCUCUGGGACGGAAGCGAGUAACAACAACGUCAAGAGCUAUCUUCUCAAUGGCAUGAGCCACCUCUAUCGGCUAGUCGAGGCGAUGCAAGAUAUGAUAAGGGACCAAGAGCGGGAUUUCACCCAUGCCUGCGCACAGGACGAGGUACUGACUGCCCGCGAGUAUCUCGGCUCGAGCUCGGAGUACUUAGGUGAACUGCGAACAGUGACUUCGUCGAAAGGUCUCGGGCUGAUCACAAAGCAAUAUCGGCUAGCAAGGAAAGCGAUGCCGACGGGGAAGAAUCCAUUCCCCGAUCCUCUCGAUGAUUGCAGUAAGGACUGCUCAGUUUCGGCAGAGCUUGGAAUUCCCUGUUUCCAUAAGAUCUACUCCAAGAUAGGGGAUGGUACACCUUUUGCUAAAUGGGACGUCCAUCCACGGUGGCGCCUACGAGAGUCAAGCUCUCGAGAUCCAUACCGACGCAUCCUCGACCCUAAGAUCGCCACUGCUCUCCGUGGCAGACCUAAGAACACCACACAGGCUGUCCCAGCGCGGCUAGCCAUCGGGGCAAGCAGCCAGCCCAGCACUCGGUCAGCCGGCAAACCAGCAAGCCAGCCAACUAGCCAGCCAGCUAGCCAGGCAUCAGGGCGCAGACGAGGUCGACCACCAGGAAGUCGGAACAAGUCGACGCUUCCUAGGCUUACACUGGAAGCGAGCCAACAGGCCAGCACCCAUGCUAGUUGCCAGGCCAGUACCUCGUCCCAGCGCCAGACACGCAACCGGUCAGCUGUUCUAGGAACGGGAAGAACUACGGGAGUACGUGCCAGCGGACGAAGGACGCAACCAAGCAUCCGGAGGCAAAGGAGUCAGUGGGAGAUGGCUGAGAGUGACGAUGAGGUUCUUUCUUGUAUAACAGUUAGGGAGUAG